CCCAUAAAUGGACCUUAAAGUCGUGACGUUUUAAAUUCCCACCACGUGCGUCUCGUUCCGAGCUGAAAAGCUUCUUCCUGGAAGCUUCCAGCUGAUGGGAGGAGUGGAACAGGACGGCAAGCCUGAAAAACCCGUCCAGACCGAUCUCCAGCUUCCAGUCGGAGCAGCAGCUCUUCCUCCUCUGAUCCACCUCUCCUGCUUUUAAACCGAUUUUUAAAUUUUAUUUGGAGGCGCUGGUUCAAACCCCGGCCUGGGAUGGAUGCUGCCCUGCCUGUGAGCCGGCUGGACAGGAGCGACCACACGGCGUUCAUCCACAACAACACCCUGUUUGUGUGGGGAGGGUACCAGGUGGAAGCUGGACAGGAUGUGGCGUUGCCCAGCGAUGAGAUAUGGCUGUGUGAUUUGGACAGCGGGGCGUGGCAGAGAAAGGAGAUGACCGGAGACGUUCCCUCAGCCUUGUUGGGUUUCUGCGGCUCCAAUGUGAACGAUCGGCUGUACGUCUUUGGAGGUUGUGACUCUGCAGGGUACUCGAACCAGAUGUUCAGCGCUGACGUUUCUCAGCCGUGCUGCUCUUGGACAAGACUGACGGACGCGAAGGGGACGACUCCCUCACCCCGAAACAAACACUCCUGCUGGGUGCACGGAGAGAGGUUGAUCUACUUCGGUGGGUAUGGAUGCAAGACGAUGGGGGACGUGCAAAACUCUUCGUCGUCCAGCUUCAUCAUAGACGACAUGUCCUGGGCAACAAUCGGAAACACUUUGUUUCGAUGCUGGGGGUGGAACAACGAGGUCCACGUUUUUGAUACUCGGACCUCAACUUGGAGUAAACCUGACACUCAGGGUCCUGCUCCUGAUCCCAGAGGCUGCCAUGCCAGUGCCCUGCUGGGGAACAAAGGUUACAUCAGUGGCGGUGUGGAAACUGCAGCGCUGGACAUUUUCUGCUUGGACCUCGGGAGCUGGACUUGGACUAGAUUCGACUGCUCCCCGUCCUGUGCACCUCUGGGCCGCUCCAUGCACACGAUGACCUCCACAUCGAAUGGAAACCUCUUUGUUUACGGCGGCCUCGGCGUAGAUGGAACCACUAUGAACGAUGCUUGGCAGUUCAACACCCACGGACGAGAGUGGAUGAAGGUGACGCACCCUCACAAAGACAAGCCCAGGGUUUGUCACACGGCUUGCUUGGGAAGUGACGACGAUGUUGUUGUGUUUGGAGGAAGCAGCAGCCUCUGCAUCCACAUAGACACGGUGGUAGUUCUGAGGUGUCCGUCAUCAAAUCACUGCAGGGACGUUUUCCUGUUUCAGACCAGGCCGUACUCUCUCUGCAGACUGUGUGAGGAUUUCAUCGGUGGAAACUCGGAGCUCCUCAAGCAGCAGCUCGACUGGCUGCCGUCAAAACUUCGCGACAAAAUCAACGGUAGAGUCGCCUUUUUCUCCGCCAUGAAGCCGAUCGUGAGCGCCUGAAGGGAACGUUUUUACAGCAACAACCCUCCGAGCCCGUCCUGCUUCAUUUAUGUGCGAAAAGUAACUUUAAAAUGAGUUGGGCUACAUUUUUAAACUUCCUAAUUUGUAAAUAAAGACUUUCGUUUUAAAAAGAAACUCUGUUUAGGUUAAGUUUUAGUCUGUGAAUAAUAUUUUGAAUAAAGCUGUUUCAUAUUUC